AGGUUAGUUACCUGCUAUAGCAGGUCAAUGUUAGUGUAAUUUUUUUUUAUAUGGGUCAUAAAAUUUAAACUCUUACUCGAUUCCCACAUUGCAAUUUACAAGUAUAACCCGACCUCCAUUUCGCUGAAACCCAUCGGAGAUAACGAGAGGAUCAUACAAAAUCAAUCACAGGACAAUUAUAACUUAUAUCACAACCCUUCAUUCACAUUGAACACAGAAGAAGUGAAAAAUGUCAGAAGAAGUGAGCAACAAACAGGUCAUUCUGAAACACUAUGUCACUGGUUACGUUAAGGAAUCUGACAUGGAAUUCAAGAAUACCACCAUUAAAUUGAAUGUUUCAGAAGGUUCUAAUGCAGUUGUUUUGAAGAAUCUUUACUUGUCCUGUGACCCUUACAUGCGUUGCCGCAUGAAGAAAAUUGAGGGUAGCUAUGUUGAGUCCUUCACUCCUGGCUCUCCUAUCACGGGAUAUGGAGUGGCUAAAGUUUUGGAGUCUGGUGAUUUGAACUUCCAGAAAGGUGACUUAGUUUUGGGAAGGACUGAAUGGGAGGAGUAUAGUAUUGUAACAGCAACUCCGACUCUGUUUAAAAUUCAUGACAAGGAUGUGCCUCUUUCCUUCUAUACAGGAAUCCUUGGGCUGUCUGGGCUGACAGCUUAUGCUGGUUUUUACAAGGUUUGCUCCCCUAAGAAGGGAGAAACUGUCUUUGUUUCAGCCGCUUCUGGAGCAGUCGGUCAGCUUGUUGGCCAAUUUGCAAAGAUGUUGGGUUGCUAUGUUGUUGGUAGUGCUGGAAGUAAAGAAAAGGUUGAUCGGUUGAAGAGCACGUUUGGUUAUGAUGAAGCUUUUAACUACAAAGAGGAGCAGGAUUUAGAUGCAGCUUUGAAGAGGUACUUCCCUGAUGGAAUUGACAUCUACUUUGAGAAUGUUGGAGGCAAGAUGCUUGAUGCAGUUCUUCUGAAUAUGAAACUCCACGGUCGUAUUGCUGUGUGUGGGAUGAUCUCGCAAUACAACCUUGAGCAGACUGAAGGAGUGUGCAACUUGUUCUGUCUCAUCUCAAAACGAAUCCGCAUGGAAGGAUUUCUUGUUUUUGAUUACUAUCAUCUUUACCCUAAAUAUUUGGAAAUGAUCAUUCCACAGAUCAAAGCUGGUAACGUCGUGUACGUGGAAGACGUAGCUGAAGGCCUCGAAAGUGCUCCCAGUGCUCUAGUUGGUCUCUUCUCUGGUCGCAAUAUUGGAAAGCAAGUUGUGAUGGUUUCGCGUGAAUGAAUGUUAGUAUUCAUUAUUUAGAUGCUGCUUCAUGUGCCAGUUCUUGUAAAAUAAACUCUGUUAUGUUAGUACUAAUUGUUUAGAUGGUGGUUGAUGUGCCAGUUCUUGUAAAAUAAACUCUGUUGCAGAUUUAGUAGAGAUAUUUGUGUUUUAUGAUUA